UGCGCCGUGACUUAUCUCCAAAAACUUUGAUCUCAAAAAAAUGGCUAAAAGAACCACAAAAAAUCCACGAAUUCCUGGCCUUUAAUCUUUAUGAUUAGCCUCUUGAUUCGCUAAGACAGAAAGCCUAGUAUCUUAGCUGCCCAUGUACCGGCAAAACUAAGCAAUAUCAUGAGCGAUGCGGCGAAAAAUCGAGUCAUUGCUUUGGGCACUAAGUUCAACUGUGUUGAGCGAUCUCAAGAUCCUCUCUCAGUACAGUUCGAAGGAAGCUCGAAAAAAUCUUUCUGGAAACGAAAUACUAGCAAAUUACCUGGAAGUAUUAAGCCAGUUAUAAGCGAGAGCCAUCAUGUACAAGAUUCAAGUGCCGUCCCUAACACUUCAGGACCAAGUGGCCUUGUUACAAGUAAAUCCAGCACCAGCAACCAAGGAACUGGAGUUAAGGGGAAACCCAAAUCCAUGUCCUUYCAAGAAUUUGACAGUAAAAUGGAUGAUGCUUGGGCAGACUGUGAAGACGAUAUCUUAAAAACUGGUGCUCAUCACGAACAAAAAGAAGCACAAGGACAAACRCGUACGAGGACAAUCAGUGGUGGUGAAAUUAGGGCAGGAUUUACUGCUAAUCCAGAAGACUUGAAAACCACUUCACCAGAACAUGAAUUAAAGAAGGAAGGAAGUAAAAUAUCAAGACCUUCGCCACUAAGUAUACUAACUCGGCAUAAAAACCAGUCAAGUUCCAAAACAGGCAAACAGACAUCACCACCAACAACGCCSUCACCUCCUCCUCCAGUUCAAGCCCCUCGGCCCCCUUCGCCUAUACAAGCUGUGAAACUAGAAGUCAUGGAUCAGGAGAUUUAUAAACUAGAAAAGUUUGGCAAGCUUUUAGCAGGACCAAAUACUGAUUUAGAAGCUGUAAGAAAACUUAGUUGGUCAGGGAUCCCUACAGCAGUACGACCAACGACAUGGCAACUUUUAUCAGGUUAUUUACCAGCAAAUAUUGACAGACGACAAGCRACAUUAGAUCGUAAAAGAGAAGAAUACCAUAAUUUUGUGAAACGGUAUUACCCUACGAGAUAUGAAGACACUUACCAAGAUACUUUUAGACAGAUUCAUAUUGAUAUUCCAAGAAUGAAUCCUCUUAUACCACUUUUCCAACAACCAUUAGUGCAAGAGAUAUUUGAGAGGAUUCUGUAUAUCUGGGCCAUCCGUCAUCCUGCUAGUGGUUACGUGCAGGGAAUGAAUGAUCUUGUCACUCCAUUCUUUGUGGUAUUUCUUUCUGCAUAUGUAGAUGGAGAUCUUGAAAAUUUUGAUAUUCCAACUCUAAGGCCUGUUGUUUUGGACACGAUAGAAGCUGAUAGUUUUUGGUGUUUAAGUAAACUACUGGAUGGGAUCCAGGAUAAUUACACAUUUGCACAGCCAGGAAUACAAAUGAAAGUGAAUGCUCUAAGAGAGCUUGUCAAGAGAAUAGAUGAACCACUCCACAAACACUUGAUAGAAAACAAUGUUGAAUAUUUACAGUUUGCUUUCCGCUGGAUGAAUAAUAUUUUAAUGAGAGAGAUGCCACUUCGGUGUACUAUCCGACUUUGGGACACAUAUCUGUCMGAAGAAGAUGGUUUUGCCACAUUUCACUUGUAUGUGUGUGCUGCAUUCCUUACCAACUUUUCUAAAGAAAUUAUGACCAAGAAAGACUUCCAGUUUUUAAUGGUUCUACUUCAAAACCUGCCCACGACCAAUUGGUCAGACCAAGAUGUUGGACUCAUAUUAGCUGAAGCUUUCAGACUGAAGUACAUGUUUGCUGAUGCACCAAAACACUUGCAGAGCAAGUAAAUAAAACCACARGCAUCCCACCUACAGAGCUUUUCAACUCUUGAAGUGACCACAGGCAACCCAUCCAGAAGUGGGUUACCUUUAAAAUUACCACAGGCAACCCAUCCACAAAACUUGUCACUUCUAAAAUAACCACAGGCAACCCACCAAAUAAACUGGUCACUUUUAAAAUUACCACAGGCAAUCCACCAACGAAACUGGUCAACUUUAAAAUAACCACAGGCAACCCAUCCAUAAAAUGAAAUGACAAAUAUGUGGUGACGAAGGUAGUUAUUGAACAACUGGCGAAUGACAGGUUAUCUGUGAAAAUCAAAUUUAGAGAUAUUGCCGAUGCCAGAGAAAAUUGAUCUGAGGAUCUAAUGACAAAAUCUGGAGCAGUUUUCAAGGUUYGCAAAGCAUUUCAAAUCCAUCUUUUUACGAUCAUGGCUUUCAGAGCCAUGAAUAUAAAAUUACUAGUAAAAAUAGUACAAGAAAAAACUUUCUACAAUGUAUAGUCUCAAAUUGAAAUAGAAGGGAAAAUCAAAAUUAUUAAGAAAUAAUUGAUACAUUUUGGUGGUGACGUCACAAUCAAAGAAUAAAUAAAAAUGUCAGUAUAUAUAUAUAUA